UAAACACGUGCCGCGCUCCGUGCACAAUAAUGUACACUCAGGGUAGGGACAUGUCGGAACACAGAACGUGAAUGUGAACGCACCAGAAAUAAAUCAUUAAGUAACCAUGGAUACCGCAUCAGGGAUUAACACACCAGAAUCACCGGCCAGCCCAGAGGGAGUGAGAUCAGUGGAGGAGACAGCAAUACCUAGAUUUGAGUGUCCGCCAAAUUUCCAACAAGUUGAGAUAUCAGCCGAGGAUGAACCCCUAUACCUGCAAGAUAUUAAAGGGACUACAGAACUCUGGCUCAUCAAAACACCUCAAGAUUUUGAUGUGAAGAGAUUAAACUCCAAGACUCUGUCAUUGAGCGGAUGGCAGUUUCUGGACGAGACGGAGGAAUCUGACGUAUCUUAUGAAGUGCUGACUUCCCACGAUGCAUCAUCGGACAAGAAGAGCUUACCUCGUCUCUUGGUUCCUUCCAAACAUUGUGCAGAUCUUGUGCCAGCUCCUACUUUCAGUGGCCAACUUGCCAUUAUGGAAUCAGUGGCUGUUCCACCAGUUCUACUCCCUCCCUCUCCACCUCCAAGAUCAAGUGAGUUACCACCGGGCCUGAAACAACGGUUUCUGCCAUUUGGAUGGGGUAAGUUCAUACAAGUCUUUUUUCCAACCAAGUGAAUAAUGGAAUAAAUAUGUGCUUGGCCAGUUUUAAAGAAGUACGUUUGGCUAGAGGCCUGGUCGCGGAUAACGGCCCA